AUGGGGCAAUCUGAUGCAGAAUUAUUAACAUCAGAUCCGGCUUCGCCCUCAAGUGCGGCAAAUGCAAUGGAAAGCGAGCAUACACGUACAAACAGUGAUGACGACGGUGAUCGCAACCACGAUUCGUCCGGAGUUGGAGAUACCAAUGAAACGCUUAGCGCUCGAUCUGAUUCCCUUAAAACGGACCUCAGACGCUCGAAUCAACAUGUUACCGCAGGCAAAGAUACAAUUUUGUAUGAUGAUGUUCUGCAAGAGAUGACAAAGCUUUCCCUGCGUGGUGACAUCUGCGUUCAGGAAAACCUGUUAGACAUAACCGAAUAUCAUGGAAGUAAAAGUGAUAGACUCUUAAGAAAGCUUAGGUCCAUCGAUGAUUUGCAAAAUGGCAAAAUUGUGGAGCCGUUACCCGUGGCUGGAGAACCUGGUUUUGACCUGUGGGAUUUGAAAUAUCGAGCCGAGUUACAGGAACAACAAAGGGCCUACGUUGGAAGCCUGUUCAAGAACAAUUUGCCGGAACGUUGGCUCAAUUUGGAGAAGCUCGGCAAUGCGGCCGACGCAUUGUCUCUGCUGCGUCGUGGAAGCGCAUCACGUGUACUGGCCGACAAGUUUGGCAUCGAGAUGACUCGAAAGCACUUACGCUGUCUAGAUGGACCUCACUGGUUAAACGAUGAGGUCAUCAAUUUCUACCUCGGCCUCGUACAGGAUAGGAAUGACCGAUUAACAGGCGAUGGCGUUGCCGGUAUUCCACGAUGUUUCUGCUUCAACACAUUCUUCUUCAACCUUUUAUGCGGGGGAGACGAUCCUACUACUAAUUACAACUACAGCGCAGUGUCACGUUGGACUUCAAGGCGCAAAUUGGAUGUAUUCGCCAUUGAUCUUUUGCUGAUACCCGUCCACGUGCACAAGUCGCACUGGUGCCUUGGUGUGGUGGACAUGCGCCCACAAUCUCGGAGGAUCAUGAUAUUCGAUUCAUUGGGUGGCUACCACAGCCUAUUUUUCAGAAACAUGCGGAGAUGGUUGCAAGACGAGCACCUUAACAAGAAGAAGGUCCCGAUUGAGGACAUCAAUGAAUGGGAGCACAGCCCCGCAUAUGCAGCAGAAGUUGGGGCGCCACGCCAGAACAAUGGGCAUGAUUGUGGCGUGUUCUUAUGUCUCUACGCUGAGUGUAUAUCUGUGGGGAAGCCAUUCGAUUUCUCCCAACAAGACAUUCGAGACCGUCGCAUCAUGAUGAUACAACAAAUUUUGAGGGGUUCGAUAUAUGAAUGA